AUGGCCAAGCGGCCCCCCAAGGCCGAGGCGCUGACCUACUGUCGUCAGCUGCGUCCGAUCGUAACACCUCGACAUGCAAUCUCCGCCGAGUUGACUCCUGGCGCAACACGGGCGAAGAAGCUGGGCCCGGCGUGGGACCAAGAACAUACAUCCUCCCAUGAUGCCAGGCGUGCGAUGGGCAGCGUGCGUGCGUCGCCCGUCGACGCUGUCCUCGAGUCCGUCUUCCCGGACCAGAAGUAUCUCUUCCGGUACCGUUCGCUUACGCAAGCAAGGUCGCCUCCUGUUCGCCUCACGCCGCUCUCGUCCCGCCGCGCUCGCUUUCUGACGAAUUACUGCCCCGUGGAGCAAGUCCCACUUCAAGAGCCUUGCGACGUCACUGACAUUCGACUGCUUCUCAACCCGGACCUUGCUGGCCUCUUUGAUCAGGAGCAGCUCCUUCGCGUGCUCGACAUGUCCAUCGACGAGGUAUUUACUCUCGACCAAGCGUGCGGUGCUGCUUCAAAGAGCGUUGUGGCGUACGUCUCGACGUGCUUUAGCCGACUCGUGGCCACAGCCGCGGAGAGCCGACAGCCGGGUGAGACCGGCUCGCUGCCCAGCCUCUUAAAGGAGGCGUGUGUGAUCGGCUCAUUCGUGCCCGGCACGUACGUGCUGCCGCGGCGUGGCCAGCCCAAUGCCGUCUUUAUGGUCGUGGGCGCCAUCAUGAUCUUCCUCGGUGUUGCAGUAUCGUUGCUCGCCGCCGUCGCGCUCGAUUAUUGGUACAACGACAUGCCUGCAGCGUACCUCUCCAUCGUGUCCUUGGGCUUUAUCGCUCUACUGCUCGUGUCGGUGAUCUCGAAACUCCUGAGCGAAAUCACCGACUUCUCCACGGCACGCAAUGCAGACGUCGUAGCAUCGCGCAUCGCAGCGUUUGAUGCGGAUGUGGUCGUUGGUAUCGGAUAUGGCUGCGACGUCGUCUCGGAACUCGUCGCGCGGAGCAAGUGGGCGGGUCCGACGCUGCUGCUGGCGCCCAGAUUUCUGACAACAAUGCUGGGCAAGAAGGUGCUGAUUCAAUCCUGCGGCUGCGCCAUGCCCGUGCAAAUGUCCGCAAAGGCCGCAAAGAUGCUCGACGACUGCCACGAGCGAAGCUACUCACUCCUCGAAAACACCCACUGCGGCAAUAAGCUUUGUGGCUUUGCCUCGGACCGCUUAUUGGAAUCGAUUCUGGCCACUGUGCGCCUUGGCCAGCUUCGACCAGCGCAACAACCGUGA